ACCCAAUCAUGAUCUAAUCAUCAGCUGCUUUUCCUUUUAAAAAACUAAUUAAACUCGUGGAAAAGUCGACGGCUUUUUCACCGGGGAUUUUUCAUCUCUUUAUCCCUCUUCUUCAGACAUAGUUUGACUUAACCAGCCACGAACAAAGAAUUUGCUCUGAAUUUCCUUUUUUGGCGUCGGAAAUUGUGACCCUUUGAGCUUUACAAGAAUUUCAUAAAUGGGGUGUGCUGGAUCGACGCCGGCUAAAGGAGACGGGAAUGUGAAGAAGAUCCGAAGGCCAAAACCAUGGAAACAUCCUCAGCCGAUAACGAAGUCUCAACUCGUGCGGAUGCGUGAAGAGUUUUGGGACACCUCACCCCAUUACGGUGGCCGGAAAGAAAUCUGGGAUGCACUUCAGGCUGCAGCUGAAGCAGAUUUAGAACUUGCUCAAGCGAUCGUGGACAGUGCAGGGGUCAUAGUGCAAAAUGCUGAUUUAACCAUCUGCUAUGAUGAAAGAGGUGCUAAGUACGAACUACCCAAGUAUGUUUUGAGUGAGCCGACAAACUUGAUCCGAGAUAGUUGAAGACCGAUUGCAAACGUACGCAAGGUUGAAUAUAAAUCAUGUAUAUUACUCCCUCGUCUUCUUCAAAACCUUUUAUGAACUCAGGGUCACUUAGGUGCCCUUUUAACCUGUGUUUUUACUUUUUAAUGCUGAUUAGGUUACUGUUAAGUUUCUCUGAUGAAAUGAUAAAGGGAAUAAACAUUCGUUUGAAUUGAGUAA